AUGUUUACACAGUUGUUUCCUGUUUACAUUUUAUUGCUUUUGUACGAGAAGGAAAUAUUGGCUAUUCGAUGUUAUCAGUGCGAUAGUAAUGAAGAUGAUUCGUGUCCAGCCGGAAGAUUUUUUGAUACUAGACUUAAUGCAAUGAUAGAUUGUGGUAGUUUUUUAUCACAUUCACCUGGAACAUUUUGUGUAAAAAUUUAUCAAGAAAGCACUGGUUGGCAUUCAUGGAUAAAAGUCACACGAACUUGUGGUGCACGAACUGACUAUGGUUUAGCCUGGAGUUGUCGUUAUUGGUUUGAAGCCCAAGGUGUUUACAAAGAAGUCUGCUAUUGUCAAGAUAGAGAUGGUUGUAAUAAAGCUACAACACUAUUUAUGAAUAACAAAUUUUCUUUUCAGGUUAUUUUAUUUUUGACACUAUUUUUAUGUUUUAUUUUAUCAACAAAAUCGAUUUUUUUGUAG